AUGAUACUUGAUGAAAGUCAAGUUAGUCUUCUUACACAAUGGGUCGAUCAAUUGAAUCGAGAACAAUUGAUUGCUAUCACCGAACAAAACGAUAUUGUGAUUAUGGCCGGUGGUGAGAACGAUUAUGCUCAACAGAUAUUUAUCAAUUACCAUGAUGUCAAUGCUUACAUGGAAGUCAAGACAGGCAAUAGAAAAAUAAUAGACGAAACCGAAGUUAUCAAGAUGUCGGAUAUUGCUCGAAUUCUACUCAAAUACAGGUAUGUCAUUGAAUCAUCGGGACAAUUGUCAUUUAACGCUCAAACUAUCGCACCAGACAGAAAUGAAUUGACAUGGCUCCAAUCGAUCGUGCAUACCGUUCAGCCUGAUCCAGAAUCUCGCGAGAAUCACAUCAAGUUGUUUGAUGGUAAUAACAUGCAGUUACUGUGCAUUCCGUGGGAGCAUAUGGCACCAACUGAUGAUGUACGUGCUGUGGCGACUUAUCUCUUUCAAAAUGGGAACGUUAGAUACGAUAUUGACACGGGAACAUAUGCCUACCGUUACGUUGAACCCGAUAUUUUACUGGACGAAAAAGCCAAAUCACCCGAACGUAUUGCUCAACAUCAAAUGCUCUCUUUUCACAUUCGUCAUGUUUAUGUCGAUGAAAAAAACGAACGUAUCGAACUAGAAUUUCUAGACAAAGCUACUCAACGUCUCGUCAUACCGUCUCGUUGGUAUGGUCAAGUAUUUGCUCAUAAUUUCGAUCGAAACUACAUUAUCGACGCACUACUAGCUAAUGGUGGCAUCAUCGAUCGUGGCACUUUUAUUUUCAUGGGUCGUGCCUACUCUCUGCAAGUGCCUUACGCAGCUACAGUGAAGUCGCAUUCGUUUUCAUCACUAAAUUUGAAAACGGUGAAUUUGUCAUCAAAACAGAAAAACGAUCUUAUUUGUCGCUACAUUGACUUAGUCAUCGAACAGGACGGUGUGAAACAGGAUAAUAUCAAUGAUUUGUUUCUCUUAGAAAAUGCUAACGACGGUUGUCGACUAUUUUUCACACCGGAACAUAGUCAAUUGCUUCGACAGAAUCAAUUUCGACGAUUAGAUGUCAUUGACGUCCUCGUUAAACAUGGACAAAUCAAAGAAGACGAAUCCGGCGAUUGGUUGUUGUACUACAACAAUCAGUUCAUACGAUUUCCAUCUUCAAUGAUCCAAUCGUCUACAACUUCGUCGCAAAACAUGAAUAAUAUUAUUCAUUCGCCAAACCAACAAUUUCGUCAUGAUAUUCAACAAACGUCUCGAUCUAUAAGAAGAACAACAUCAGCUGGCCAUUUUGAACCGCAACAUCGGACUCCCAUCGUUCAAGAAACGCAACCAGAAUCUCCCACACAGUAUCACAAUACUAUUGAUUACAUGUGUCGUCAUAAUCUAGUUACAUGGGAUAAACGCUUAAAAGUGAUAAAACUUCAUUUUGCAGAUCAAACAUUACUCCUACCAAUUGAUCACAUGCGUUCGAUUCUUGAUCCUCGUGUUAUGGCAUCAUCCUCGACUGCCAAAGAUGUGCUUCCAUUCAACAGCCGUCAGUUAUCGCAAUGGCUUCUAGACAAUUCAUAUAUGGCACACAAUAUCCGUUGA